ACCACACAUUCAUUCAAAAGUGAGUGAGUAAGUGAAAAGAGUAAGAUUGAGAGAGAGAUGGAAGAAAUGAGAGAGAUCGUGAGAUCCUACUACGCGAGGGAAAGCGAGGCCGAUAAGAAAUCAAUCAAACAAUCCUUCACCGAAAUAGACGUCAACGGCGACGGAAAUAUAAGCCUGGCAGAGUUCAAGAAGGCGAUGAGCUCGACUGACGGUGUGGUGGCCUUGUUCUUUUUUAAUAAGCUCGACUUGAACGACGACGGGUGCCUCGAUUUUGACGAGUUUCUGUGCCUUUACUACAUCGUAAAUAAAAAGGUGCCGAUACCCUUAUGCGACGGUUGCCGUGAGUUUCCGGCGGGCCCUUACUUCUCUUGCUUGCGUUGCGUUGGAAGAGGCGCCAAUUCGUACGACUUAUGUUGUUCGUGCUAUCGCAGUGGCGCUGAGUUGUCGCAUGAGCACUCGCUUGAGGACAUGGUGGAUCAUCACUGUAUCAUCAAGCUCUUCAAGGAUGAAAAAGCUAAAAACAAGAAAGAAAUAGAGGAAAUUCGCGAAAUCGCAAUAGCCCUUCACCGAGGCAGCUCUCCUGAAGUCCAAGAAUUAGCAACCGUGUUUUUCCAAGCCAUGGACUCGGACGGAGACGGCCGAGUCGAUCUGUCAGAGUUCCUAGCCUUCAUGACGGAAACGGCAAUGGCACCCUCGACUUCACCGAGGUCAUGA